AUGUAUGAACCCCACACAGGAUCAUCAUCAUAUCGUAGACCUGAUGAACCAUUAUAUCUUCCUGCUAAUAUAUCUUCAAUUUUACUAGAUGAAGACUGGUGGCUUUUACUUUCAAAACUAGUAUUGGUACUUAAACCAUAUUGUAUAAUAUUAGACAUUUUGCAGAGAGAUAAAGCAAGGCUGCAUGAAGUUUUGGGUGGUUUUGGAUAUUUUUUCAAAAAAGCUAUCAAUAUGAGCAAAUUACAUGCUUCAAUUAAAUAUCAAUGUAAAGUUAAUGAAGUGGAAGCUAUUCGUAAACAAAAAUCAACAGAAAACAUUGCUGGUCCAAUAGAUUUAGAAAUAAGUGAAGAAAGUUCCACAGAUAUCCAAGAAUUAAAUAAUAACAGUGAAGACAAUUUAGAAGAGGAAGAAGAAACAAAUGAUGUAUCUGAUUGGAAUAGAUUAGUUAGUGAAUGGGAAAAUUUGUUACUUCGAGAAGAGGUGGAUGAUUUACUUUCCACAGAUAGUGAUGAUGAUGAAUUUGAAAUAAAUGAGUUAUUAUUGAAUCAAACUCAUCCUGCAUUAGACAAUGUAGCAAAAUGGCAAAUAACUGAUAUUUUUGUUGAAAAUUUAGAAAUACCAUUUUUUAUUGAAGAUUAA